AUGGGCUACGGCCGAAAGGGGGCGCGGGCGGGACGGAUAGGUCGUUGGUCAACGGUCGUUCCGUGGGGGUUAGCGCACAAUGUUGUCCGAGGAGGCAGUGACAAGAAGGCGGCGCUAAAGGUCGAUGUCGUGGCCAGGGUGAACCUGCGACUCGGUGUCGACAGCGGCGAGCGUGGUCUCCGGAGCGCGGUUCCAACGCUCCCAUCGGGUCUUGCCUUUGAGCUGGGCCGUGUUGCGCUCCUUGGCUCGCUCAUCUCGCUCAUCUCGCGCCGCUCCCAACACAUCCCAAAUUCAAAGCGCCUGUCGCCAUCGAGCUUGGGCCGCAAGCAGACACAGGCUCGAGUGCAGGAUUACCUCAAGGAAUCCAGUCAACAAGGACUUCUGCAUUCAUGGGACUUUAUUGUACAGCAAACUGCAGCUCUGGAGGGCACGCUAGUAGAGCAAGGGGAAAACAAGACAGCAUUGGCUGCCUCGGCUGACGGAAAAGACACACUACGAGCUUCCGCGCGAAAACCCAAUGACGCAUCGACGGCGCCUCUCGAAAAUGCCUGGCAACUCCUUCGUCCUUGA